AGAGGGAGAGAGAGAGAGAAAGAAAGAGCAAGAGACAGAGAGGGGGCUGUGAUAAACUCUGCUGCGAGCCCUCCUGUAAGCAGAGUGAGAGAGUGCAGGAGCAACAGCACAAGAUCUGGACAGAACUGUGAGCAGGACCUACCACAGAUCUUGCACUUUGGGGAGGGCGUGCAUUUGUUUUUGUCACCCAAGGCUGAUGUAUUUGGGUGUGAUUGUCCCAUCAAGUGCUUUGAAGUUGCUCCGAGGACUGAUUUUUCCCUGCAAGGAAAAAAAGGCAAAGGAAGGCCAAAGGCUAAGACAACUGGAUCAUUUCCAACUUCCAAUUCCCUCAGGACAUUUUUUUUCUCACCUCGGCUUCAAGAAGGAACCACAUGUGAACACUGAUGGGGCAAGAACUUAGCAUUGCUUACCAGAGAAUCGUCUCAGCUGCAUCACCACAGAGACUCCACAUCUCAGUAGGAGCGAGACGGAGGUGAAGAACCAGAGAGAAAGUGAGAGGGAAUCUGAGUAAUUUGCAUCCACUCCCCCCUUUCCUAGUUUGGGACCUUCUUCAGUUGCCCUCUGCUACCCCCCACGGGGCAGGAAGCGUGAAAAAUCUCACUAAUGGGUUUAUUUGCUGUCAGCUCAGCGACAACCUGUCAUUUCCCAGGAUUGCUCCGCACUUGACACAUUUCAUAGUCGAGUAAGCUUUGCUUUGUUUUUGUCAAAGAGGCUUGAGCCUCACACUGGUAGCUGUUGAGAAGAUCAAGAGCAGGCAGAGGUAUCAGGUGGAGUGGACAAGUUCCUUAAUCACUUUGCCUGCCUCUUACAGUAUUUAUCUCCCAGUGAGGUCAAGCGUGCGGGACGUCUCGCUGUUCCUUUGUAUUUCUUGAAGUCGAGAACUUCCCACAGAGAGAAGGACUGUGAUAGAGUCUGCUUUCUGACCCAACAACAAUCUCCUGGCUGGUGGGCUGAAGAUGCGUUGCUGGCUGCUAGCUGUGGUGACGGCAGUGCUCUGGAGCCAGUGCAUCCUUCUAGGGUGGGCCGAGGGCAGGAAGGUGCCUAAGAGGCAGAAGGAAGGCACUCCGCAGCACACCGAAGCAUUCAACACUACUAUUUCCAACAGCGAGGAGCUGGAUGGCAGCCCAAAGCAGGUUGGUGAGAAUCAGAGAGUGGAUCCUCUUGGGUCAUGGAUGGACUUUGUGAAGAGACCUGUGGGCAACUUUCCUGGAAAAUGCCGAAAACGGAAACGACCACUGCCUGGUCCCCCAGGCCCUCCAGGUCCUCCAGGGCCUCAGGGACCCCCAGGAGCCCCCGGGGCAGAGGUCACUCAGGAGGUCCUGCUGCGAGAGUUCAAAGAAAUGAUCAAAGAGGCCACAGAGAGGAGAGCAGCAGUGGACCGGCCCAAUGAACCCAGUCAGCUGCCCACGGCUCUGAUUACACUGGAGGGCAUGACCUCCUACAGGAGAAUUGAGGAAGCGUUCCACUGCAAACUCAAAGGCCCUGUGGUCGUGGACAAAAAGACUCUGGCAGAGCUGCAGAACUUUCAGACACCUCCUGCCAAAGGUGCCUUCCUCAGAGGGACGGGGAUGGAUCAGUCCACUGGCCGAUUUACAGCUCCUGUAACUGGAAUUUAUCAGUUCUCUGCCAAUGUUCAUAUUGACCACACUGAGGUGAAGAGAAGUAAGAGCCAGCUGAGAGCCAGAGACAACGUCCGAGUUUUGAUCUGCAUCGAAUCGCUCUGCCAUAGAUACACAUCCUUGGAAAUGAUUGUUGGCCUUGAGAGUAACAGCAAGAUAUUCACAGUAUCUGUUCAUGGACUGCUGGAACUUCAGGCCGGCCAGUACACUUCUAUAUUUGUGGACAAUGCAGCUGGAGCAUCGAUCACAAUACAGAACGGUUCCGAUUUCAUGGGCAUGUUGUUGGGUGUAUAGCCUUGUCUUACAGCCAGAGACUGUAUAUCUGGCGGGCCACGUAAGACUGCACAGCUCCUCUUCGGACAAUCAACAAGCACCAUAAAUCCUCAUGAGACAAUAUCUGACCGCCACAAAGCUUUCGGCUUGUUUUUGGAAGAGACAUAGACACAUUAAACCCACACAGCAGAGACAGUUGGACACGAAACUGAAAGACUUUAAUGAGGACAGUGGAUCUGCCUUUCUCAUGCGCCGUGAGGUUGUUACCUCAUCAGAAAGAUCUUUUUUUAAUUAAAAUAUCAAGUCAUAUUUUGUUAUAUAUAGAUGUAUACGAAGAGAUUUUUUGUACUUUAAUGUGUUGUUAUAUAUGUCUUUUUUUCCUCUUAAUUAAUAGUUUAUAUACAGAGUGUUUAUAUACACAAUUUAUUUUAUACGGUGAGAGGUUUUCUACAAUACAAGAGAUUAUCUUUUGGAUUCAUCUUAAAGUGACAGUUCACCCAGAAAAUCAGUUUGCUCAUUUACCCACCUUCAGGUCAACCAAGGUGUGCAGUAGGUGAAUUUGUAUGUCAGUAGUAGAAGAAGGUUUUUAGCUGAUCCGUAUUGGUUAAAUUAAUGCAAGUCAAUGAAUACUGGCACUGUGAGAUUUAAGAAACAGUAUAUACACACAAAAAUGCAUGUCUCUUAUAAAAAUAAUGAUGUUGUAAGUGAUGUUCAGUUUAUUGCACAAAUUGAUCAUUUCGGUUCAUUAAACCUCAUUGUAUCAGCAGCACUCAGCUAGAGUAGAAAAAUGUUAAAAAGGUUUAGAAGACAGAUAAAUAUGACACAUAGUCACCGGCAUAUUAAUGAAAAUGAAUACCAAAUUCCCUAAAUAUGUUGCCAAUAAGUAAAAGAUAAUUAGGAAACAGGAAAAAGUCCCAAAACCGAUCCCUGUGGUACACCAGCAACAACAUGAGAGGGCUGAAACUGUUUGAGCUGGACAAAUUGAGUCAAUGUUAAUAAUAAAUAAAAUAAAAAAUAAAAAAAAUAAAUAAAUUUUGUAUUUUUUUAUUUGAUAUAAAAAUACAUUUUUUUACCUUAAGUGCCGGUAGCAAUUGACUUGUGGUUUGUGAGUCAAAAAAAACAAACACACAAGCAAACAAAACAAAACAUAUACAGGUAAAUCAAAAUUAAAACCUGUGGCUCUUGACCAUACUGAGGUCUUAUGAAGCACAAUGGUCAGCCUAUUGGGUGCCACAGCUAACAAUUUUUAGUUAUUAUCUAGCUGCAGUGCUUAAUUUGAGCCGGAUCUUGCCAGAUCCUGUUACGGCAAAUGUCAGAUAUUCGUGUUUUAUGUCCGGUAUUUAUUUUUAAUUGAUCCGGCAUUAACUUUUGCAUGGCAAAGCUGUGUUGAUUUUGUGUGUGCCAAUCAGCUUUCUUACGUUUACAAUCACUCUCUUUGGUUGGUGAUUAUUGUUUCGCAUACAGUGAGCAGAGAAAAUAAAUAAUGGCAUAGUGACCUACCUAAAUAAUAUUUGCAUCUUCAAAAUGCCAGAGGCAGUCAAGCAUAUAUUAUUUAAAAAAAAAACACACAAGUAAAUCCGAUAACGAGCCUGAUCAAGAGAAGAUGAAACUGUGCCCCUGGAUCAGGAUAGUGGGAGACAGAAGCAAAACAAUCUCAAGUCAGUCACAAAACAUGAUGGAAGAGGGAACAGUGGGCUCUUCUUGAAGUUUAGACAGAGUAAAUCAUUUUCACUUGGCACAUAAUAGUGGUCAUAAUAGCGGUUUCGAUAUAACUGCUUAGUAACGUCAUAUUCAAGGAAAACUGAAAUUGUGUGGUGAACGUUGGUCACGGUAACUUUUAUUUGCUGGUUUUGUUCUGGAAAUGAUUUACUGCUUACCUGUAUAUUGUUUUUUGACUCUCAAAGUAUUGGUAGGCAUUGACUUGCAUUUUAUAAAUCAGCAAGAAGCAGUUUCAGCUAAAAAAAAAAAAAGAAAAGCCAUCUGAGAAUACAUCAUGUCUGGCUGAUCAAAAUGAUCAUUUCUGGGUGAACUAUCCCUUUAAAAGUGUUACGAUCUAAUGAAGAUGUUACCCCGAAUGCACACCUACUCGUAUGCAUCCCAUGUCUGUAUUUUAAAAAAAUAUAACAAGCUAGACAGUUUUAUUUACUAUGCAGCUCCAAAAAGCAUGUUGAAGGGACUUGAUUAUUGAUAAAAGAACAGAUUUUCCAUUACACUCGGCCAAAAGAAGGAAACAGCCAAAUACAAGAAAAGAAACAAGACGGAUGACUCAGUCUAUUUUUACGUCCAAUAGCUAACAGUCCCAAACAAUAGCGUUUAUCCAGCAGUGUGUGUGUAUGUAUGUGUGAGUGAGUGUGUGUUUGGAAAGCUACCGCCAUGAUCGAUUAGACAUGUUAGAGUCCUGCUGAGUUUUCCUUUUGUUUACUGCAAUGCCAAAUACGUCAUCUUUAAACGCUCUGUUUUUCACAUCUCCAUGCUAACUGUUAAAUGUGUUGUUCUUUCUUUUUAUUAUUGUUAUUUACUUACAGAAUUUAAGAUACGUAUAUAUUAGCCAUACAGAUUAUUUAUGUUUAAAUGUAUCCGCCAAUUAAAAUUGAUUUAUUUUUUUAAUUGGCUUCCAGCCUUCCAGUAGAUCCCAAUACAAGUGAAAAUGAUGUAAGCGGACAGUAUUUGCUUGUAUUGUGGUGUAAUGGAAAUGAAACUGUAUUCAAUAAAUGUAAAAUAUAUCUA